AUGGCUGAGAAGGUAAAAAGACCGCCGUUCUUUACUUUAAAGCGUUGGCAAAGUGCUAAAGAGAUUGGGCUGAAGACUCCGAUGACGCCUACAAGUGCACAGCUUCAGGACGGCCAUCCACAGUUCAGGUCAAAUACACCAUCCUCACCGAAGAAACUUAAUUUCGAUUUAAAGCCUAGAAAGUUAUCUGCUGGCGGUAUCUCAGAGUUGAUACAAUGCGCUCUUUGCCUCGAAGUACUGCACAAUCCAAAGAUGUUACCGUGUCAACACACUUUCUGUGCGGCCUGCCUGUCUGUCUACGUCGCUGAUUUAGUAAUAUUUGAGUGUCCGUUGUGUCGGACGAGAGUCCAAGUACUUGGACCUAAGUUUAUCGAGAACCUUCCGUCAAAUCUGUACAUAGAUUCAUUGCUACAGCUGGUGGGUGUUAACACUAAUGGGGUAGCAAAGAAUUUGGAAACCCCUCCACCAUCCGUUACAAAUAACACACAAAACAAUGACUUCUUCAAUCCUGGUACGAGAUGCGUUCAAUGUAAAAGCAUGUGCGAAAAUUUCGAUAUCACACAAUGCGAUCACUGCAAACUGAAAUUCUGCCGCAUAUGUUGGUCACAGCAUUUGGAAGAUAUGCGGAUCCAACUAAAAUCUAUUGUGAAACAGCUGGACACGGCCGCCAGUCAUCUUGAGCACAAAAUUGAACAUUAUAAGGACCGCUGUGAUCGAAUAGCGGAACAAAUAAAUAUAGCUGCAGACGAAAAAAUAGCAGCAAUUUUCGAAGAAAAAAGUAAAAUGUUGUUGGAAGCCGCUAAUAUGCAGAAGUCAUCGGAAAUGUCCGCGUUAGCUCUGCAGACUUCGUUGACAGAGGCGAAGUCUGUGGCAAAUAGAGCUAUGGACUCAUGUAUUUCUGACAAUGAUAAUGAUCGGGUAAACACCUUUAUAAAUCUACAUCAGAAUGCAGUAACCUUACUAUCAGAGGUCUCCAAAUGGGAUACAGAACGGGUCGUCUUCGACAAGGAGAACUUUUCACUGGAGAAGGAUUCUGGUACUCCUAUAGACUCAGAGUCUGAAGACCCUGUUGUUGACGGUCCAAAGCAAAAUAAUCCUUUGGAGAGCGAAGAAAGCCUCAUUAUGCAUUACAGAUCCCGCAACUUCAUCCCUCACUUCCAAUGGCGCAAAUCAGCCCGUCCAUGCGGCAUUGGAGUGAGUCCAUGGAGCAAUCACCUCUACGUGUGUGGUAUGGACUGUCAUAGCGUGCUGGUAAUGGAACGGUCACAAGCCAAGAUCAUCACCAGGUUGUCUUCCGAAGAAAUGUUGUGCCCUAUACAAAUAGCGUUCAUGAAGAGUCUUGGAGAGAUCUAUGUUACAGACAAAUGGAAGCACUGCGUCCACGUAUUCUCGAAAGACGGUGAUUAUCUCCGCAGUAUUGGGCAAAAGGGCAGCAAGUUGGGCAUGUUCCGGUCACCAGAGGGCAUUGCCACAGAUAAUGCCAACCAACAGAUCUAUGUUGCUGACACUGGCAAUGAUAGGGUUCAGAUCCUCCAGCCUGAUGGAAAAAUCAUCGAUCAGAUCGGCAUAGCGACGAAACAGCAGGCCCAAUUCUCUUCAUCAGUUUGGGAGCAGAAGGAGCUAUCGUGCACAGAACUAAACGCACCUACCAGUGUCGCGGUAACCAAUGACCGCAUCAUCGUACUGGACAGUGGAAAUGGAAGGAUCAAGGUCUAUAACAAACAGAACAAGGGCAAAAUCAUAGAAUUUGGGUCUAUGGGACAAAGGAAAGGACAAUUCAGACAUCCAGAAGUCCUUACUGUAGACCCUAUGGGAUACAUCCUAGUUGGGGACUCCGGAAACUGCAGGGUCCAGGUUUUCAAACCCACGGGACAGGUCAUUAGGGUUUUCGGGGGCCUAGGCUCUCAAGCCGGCAAGUUCGGCUGGAUCUCAGGCAUUCACGUCACAAAACAACUAGACAUCAUCAUCAGCGACACGAAAAACCACACAGUUAACUUUUUUUAA